AUAAUUGACAAGGGAAUUGAUUGGAUUGUUCGGCCCCCAGGUAGUCCAUGUCUUCCCCGCCUUCAAACGCCACCACGACACCAUCCUUCCACGCAUCAUCGCCAGCUCGGCCCACGCGGUUCCGCGAAGACUUGCAGCGAUCGACCACCCAAGUCGUCGACAACGCCGUCCAAUGGGCGUCCUUCUUCCAAGCCAUUUGUCCCGUCGUGCUCUCUGCCAAUCCCGUCCACCUCCACGUCCCAGAUACUGUCCUGCUCACCCCCAAAGGGGCGCCGAGUAUUUGGUACCACUCGUCAGCGUCGUCGGGGGGCGUGCUCAAGAGAAAGCAACCCAUGCACAUGACGGCGAAUGCCAUCCUGGGGGCGUUUGUGGGUCCCCGCGCUGACCUGGUUGGACCGACCGACGCUGUGGCCGUAGUUCGGUUCGGGUUUUCGUCCCGCCUCCUCUCCCGCGCCGAUUUUUCCACGUUGUGCGAUCAAAUGAAUUGCCACAAACUCACACCAAUGAGGGGGGCAGACGGGCUGUCCCUGCCCAGUGUGCCAUUUUGUUUGCAGCGAUACAUUUGUCCCCAAGAUGACAAGCGGUACAUUGUAUCGUUUUCGUUUCACCCGCCAUGCCUGGGCGACUCCAAGCCCGCCAUGUGCGACGUGUUUGUGGCGCCAUAUUCGAAACGGUACCAUCUCGGCAAGGCAAACGUCGUCACACACGGUGAAGUGCACGAGAAAUCCGUGCAACCGCCGCCGCAGUUUGACGAUCGAAAGGCGUCGUAUGAUUUUCACGUGGCGCGGGGGGGAAGCGACGCCAAGCUAGUGUCGCCCGUGAGUCGCAUGAAGCACUUGACUGUGAUGCUGGCCCACCACAUCAACACCCACCAUCCGACCAACCCCGUUCAAGGCAUCGUGUGCGAGUUCAUUGUCGGCGCGUGUGACGAAGUGAUCUACAUGACUGCUGUCUUGGGGGUGUCGUGGCAGCAUCAGGACGUGCCGUCGUGGGAAAAACUAGCAGAUGUAGACCCUGAAUCCCACUUGAUUUGUCAGCACCACGCCCGCCUCCGGGCUGCUUCAGCCACCCCCCCAGCAUCCCCACGCCCCACGCCCCCCAACACGGCGCCCCCCGCCCUCCUCCCCUCCACCCAAACCCCCCGGUUUCCAUCGGUACCAAAUGUCCAAGUGUCCCCCGCCGAAGUGUGGACAUGUGGACUCGUGGCCGCCGAUCGGUCCCCUCGAUACAAGAACGCGUCGCCGUCCAAGUUUUACCGCGACGGCAAGUUUGUGACCAAACUCUCGGCAUUGCAAUGCGAAUCCUCGUGUCGGUUGCACAUGCCGAUGCAUCGCGCGUGUCGCCCCGCCCUACUGGUGGACCUGGCGCGGCAAGUGGAAGAACUUCGCGAAGAUCUCGUGGAGCAAACUGAGAGGUGCAUUCAAGCCGAAGAGCACGCUGUCGCAUGUGUGCGCGAAACUUGUGUAGCAACGCGGCAUCGCGAGGCCGUGGACGCCAGGAUGGUGCAACUCAUGGCCGAGCAGGCGCGACAGAAGGAGCGGUGGGAAGGUCGUAUCAUGCAGGCCGAAGAGUGCGCUGUGCAUGUCCACGAACUGUUUUCACACCAAGCAAGGCAAGUGGCGAGGUUGGAAGCCCGGAACUCUGCUCAUGACCACCAAUUGCAGCGGCAAGUAGCAGACGCCCACAUCGAAAUGGACAAGUUACGACGACAGGACGCGGUGUGGGCCAGCCAAGUGGCUGCACGGGACAGCGAGAUCGCGCGCUUGAUCAACGAGCAAGACAAGACCCGACAACAAGCCAUCGUCGACACGUUGCAGCGAGAAGGGUCCCAAGCUCACAUCAAUUCGCUCCGAGCACAGGUACUAACUAGAUGAAUAUCCUUGCAUUGGGCCCCCGCGGCGGGGCGGGGCGCGAAGUUGUGCCUAUAUAUGUGUGACUGUUGAAAGUGAACAGACCUUUCUACGGAUUUCCCUGCUCAAGCGUGAAAAGGAAGUGCUGCGCAAGGAGUCGACGCGAUACAUGGCCGAGCGCGACGAUUUGCUCCGGGUGCUGCCGGUGGUGACGUCCAUCGCGGACAAAAGAGCCGUCAAGCCCGUCAAAGUGAACGUGGCCGACUUGUUUGAGCCGGGGGACAAUGCCAAGGAAAUCAACAUGCUGCAGCUCAUGCUGUCGUCCCACGCCAAGGCCCUCAAAGGCGCGUUCCAAGGGCUCACGCUGCAAGCGGCAGGGACGACGUCCACAGGAGCCAAGUCGAAUGUGCUGCCGGUCGCAACCUUUGUGGGCUUUGCCACGUUCGUGUCUCGACUAUGUAUGUAGGUGGCAUGGAUGGGACGUGAUGUGUGGUUGGAUGUUGUAGUGCCUGUGGAUUCAUGCAGACGCUGUCUAUGGACCAAUUGCAGUCGAUGGUACACAAGGUGACCAAGGACGACCGCAAGGCGGGGUCACCCGACGACAAGGCAGCGGGGUUGACAUAUGCCCAAUUCUGCGAGUGCUUGGUGCGUCUCGCGCACAUCCUGUACAAGACCGAGCUGCCGCAACUGACCAAGCGGUUUGCAUACCUGAUUGAGAACGACGUCGUGGGGUUUGAAAAGUCCAAGCUGGACAGUGAGCAUUCCAAGGGCGAAGCCGACAACGGAGGUGGCUGACGGGAUGGAGAUAACAGAGGAGAAGAAGGUGGUGGGUGUCAUGUUGAUAACAAUGGCCAUCGAGUAUUAAAUGCUAGAGGAUUGACCUUGAAGGGUACAAUUCCACUUGAGCCUGAACGUGGGAUUGGUUCAUUGGGACAAUCCUAGCAAAACUCAGGUUUCAUCGGGAGUUUCACGAAU